AUGACAGCCAUGAAGCAGGACCAGCAGCCCACCCCGGGGGCCAGGGCGAGCCAGGCGCAGCCGGCGGACCAGGAACUGGGAAGUAACAGCCCUCCACAGAGAAACUGGAAGGGAAUUGCUAUUGCCCUGCUGGUGAUUUUAGUUGUAUGCUCACUCAUCACUAUGUCAGUCAUCCUCUUAACCCCAGAUGAACUCACAAAUUCAUCAGAAAGCAGACUGUCUUUAGAAGACCUCUUCAGGAAAGACUUUGUGCUUCAUGAUCCAGAAGCUCGAUGGAUCAAUGAUACAGAUGUGGUGUAUAAAAGCGAGAAUGGACAUGUCAUUAAACUGAAUAUAGAAACAAAUGAUACCACAUUAUUAUUGGAAAACACAACUUUUGUAACUUUCAAAGCAUCAAGAUAUUCAGUUUCACCAGAUUUAAAAUAUGUUCUUCUUGCCUAUGAUGUCAAACAGAUUUUUCAUUAUUCCUAUACUGCUUCAUAUGUGAUUUACAACAUACACACAAGGGAAGUUUGGGAGUUAAACCCCCCAGAAGUGGAGGACUCCGUCUUGCAGUAUGCGGCCUGGGGAGUGCAAGGGCAGCAGCUGAUUUAUAUUUUUGAAAAUAAUAUCUACUAUCAACCUGAUAUAAAGAGCAGUUCAUUGCGACUGACAUCUUCUGGAAAAGAAGGAAUUAUUUUUAAUGGGAUUGCUGACUGGUUAUAUGAAGAGGAACUUCUACAUUCUCACAUCGCCCACUGGUGGUCACCAGAUGGAGAAAGGCUUGCCUUCCUGAUGAUAAAUGACUCGUUGGUGCCUAACAUGGUUAUCCCUCGGUUUACUGGAGCAUUGUAUCCCAAAGGAAAGCAAUAUCCAUACCCUAAGGCAGGUCAAGUGAACCCAACAAUCAAAUUAUAUGUUGUAAACCUAUAUGGACCGACUCAUACUUUGGAACUCAUGCCACCUGACAGCUUUAAAUCAAGAGAAUACUAUAUCACUAUGGUUAAAUGGGUAAGCAAUACCAAGACGGUGGUCAGAUGGUUAAACCGGCCUCAGAACAUCUCCGUCCUCACAGUCUGUGAGACCACUACUGGUGCUUGUAGUAGAAAAUACGAGAUGACAUCAGAUACAUGGCUCUCUAAACAGAAUGAGGAGCCUGUGUUUUCUAGAGAUGGCAGCAAAUUCUUUAUGACAGUUCCUGUUAAGCAAGGGGGCCGUGGAGAAUUUCACCACAUAGCUAUGUUCCUGGUCCAGAGUAAAAGUGAGCAAAUUACUGUGCGGCAUCUGACAUCAGGAAACUGGGAAGUGAUAAAGAUCUUGGCAUACGAUGAAGCGACGCAAAAAAUUUACUUUCUGAGCACGGAGACUUCUCCCAGAGGGAGGCAGCUGUACAGUGCUUCUACUGAAGGAUUAUUGAAUCGUCAAUGCAUUUCAUGUAAUUUUAUGAAAGAACAAUGUACAUAUUUUGGUGCCAGUUUUAGUCCCAUGAAUCAACAUUUCAUAUUAUUCUGUAAAGGUCCAGGGGUCCCUAUGGUCAGCCUACAUAGCACGGACAAUCCAGCAAAAUAUUUUAUAUUGGAAAGCAAUUCUAUGCUGAAGGAAGCUAUCCUCAAGAAGAAGAUAGUAAAGUCAGAAAUUAAAAUGCUUCAUAUUGACGACUAUGAACUUCCUUUACAGUUGUCCUUUCCCAAAGAUUUUACGGACCGAAACCAGUAUGCUCUUCUGUUAAUAAUGGAUGAAGAACCAGGAGGCCAGCUGGUUACAGAUAAAUUCCAUAUUGACUGGGAUUCAGUACUUGUCGACACAGAUAACGUCAUCCUAGCACGAUUUGAUGGUAGAGGAAGUGGAUUCCAGGGCCUGAAAAUUUUGCAGGAGAUCCAUCGAAGGUUAGGUUCAGUGGAAGUAAAGGACCAAAUAGCAGCUGUGAAAUUUCUAUUGAAACAGCCAUACAUUGACUCCAAAAGAUUAAGCAUUUUUGGAAAGGGAUAUGGUGGCUACAUUGCGUCAAUGAUCUUAAAAUCAGAUGAAAAGCUUUUUAAAUGUGGAUCAGUGAUUGCGCCCAUCACAGACUUGAAGUUGUAUGCCUCAGCUUUCUCUGAAAGAUACCUUGGUAUGCCAUCUAAAGAAGAAAGCACGUACCAGGCAUCCAGUGUGCUACAUAAUAUUCAUGGCUUAAAAGAAGAAAAUAUAUUAAUAAUUCAUGGGACUGCCGACACAAAAGUUCAUUUCCAGCAUUCAGCAGAAUUAAUCAAACACCUAAUAAAAGCUGGAGUGAAUUAUACUAUGCAGGUCUACCCGGAUGAAGGUCAUAACGUAUCUGAGAAGAGCAAGUAUCAUCUCUACAGUACAAUUCUCAGAUUCUUCAGUGAUUGUUUAAAGGAAGAAAUAUCUGUGUUACCACAGGAACCAGAAGAAGAUGAAUAA